GUCACCCCAAGGUCUUUUUCUUCAUGACUGGUUUUUGUCUUCAUUUCCUAUCUUGUACAUACUCCUGAUUCUUCUUUCACUCUUGCGUGUGUGUGUUAGAAGUGAUAUUGAAGAGAAAAAAAGUUCACAAACUUUAUCCGAGUUCUGUGGUGUUAACUAUGACUGUUGAUAGUGGUAGCGCUGUGUACCGUGUCAGACAGUGGCUGGUGGGGGCGCUGUGUACCGUGUCAGACAGUGGCUGGUGGGGGCGCUGUGUACCGUGUCAGACAGUGGCUGGUGGGGGCGCUGUGUACCGUGUCAGACAGUGGCUGGUGGGGGCGCUGUGUACCGUGUCAGACAGUGGCUGGUGGCGGCACUGUAUACCGUGUCAGACAGUGGCUGGUGGUGGCGCUGUGUACCGUGUCAGACAGUGGCUGGUGGGGGCACUGUGUACCGUGUCAGACAGUGGCUGGUGGUGGUGCUGUGUACCGUGUCAGACAGUGGCUGGUGGCGGCACUGUAUACCGUGUCAGACAGUGGCUGGUGGUGGCGCUGUGUACCGUGUCAGACAGUGGCUGGUGGGGGCGCUGUGUACCGUGUCAGACAGUGGCUGGUGGCGGCACUGUGUACCGUGUCAGACAGUGGCUGGUGGUGGCGCUGUGUACCAUGUCAGACAGUGGCUGGUGGCGGCACUGUGUACAGUGUCAGACAGUGGCUGGUGGCGGCGCUGUGUACCGUGGCUGGUGGUGGCGCUGUGUACCGUGUCAGACAGUGGCUGGUGGCGGCACUGUGUACCGUGUCAGACAGUGGCUGGUGGUGGCGCUGUGUACCACGUCUGGUCUUAGUGAGUGGCAGUAAUUAAGAUGGACCGGGAUCCGGGGACAUAAAUAACUCGCGCACUCUUUGUUGUUGCUGGGCACUCUGGACCGGGAUCCGGGGACAUAAAUAACUCGCGCACUCUUUGUUGUUGCUGGGCACUCUGGACCGGGAUCCGGGGACAUAAAUAACUCGCGCACUCUUUGUUGUUGCUGCGCACUCUGUUGUUGCUUUUUUUUAUUCAUACUUAACUCACUCCUUGUUUUUUCCUUUUCCACUUAGCUUUUACUUUUUCACUUUUUUUGCUGUAAGAGGUGACAUGACAACUGAUGCUACCAAAUCACUCAGAUUGUUCAAUUUUUCAUGUAAUAGAGGAAAAGCUGGGAAAGGACAACAUAAAAACACCCUUUUAUAAACCAGUCCCCCUUCUGUUAAUCAUGUCCACUAACUACUAGAUGUGUUUCAAAACUGUGAAGAAUUACUGCCACACACUGUAGGAAAGGUUCAGCCCACUACACCCGCUCUCCCUCCUUGCUGAUACAGGAGUGGCUUGAAAUCAUACAGUAAUAAAUUUUCCAUAGGCGUUUAUUAAAAGGCCACAGGAUUGUAAGGGUUAACAGGAAGCAUAAUUGUGUGUGUGUUGUAUGGCUGUUUAGUGUCAUGAUGUAUUUUAGGCAGGAAAAAUAGUUUGUUUGUGUUGUCAGCUUUGGUCUGUCUGUCUCUGUUGGUGCACUCAGAAACUUAAACAUACAAAGAUAAAAUGUUAAAAAGCUAAUGAAAUGUAGAGAGAGAGAGAGCUAAUGAAAUGUAGAGAGAAUAUUUUGAGAGGCUGUGGGCUGAGAGAGAGAGAGUGUGUGUGUGUGUGAAUAUUUUGUGAGAGACUAUGGUGGAGUGAUUAAGAAUGAGUAUUUUAUUCAUUCUUAGAGAGGCUGUGGGCUGAGAGAGAGUGUGUGUGUGUGUGAAUAUUUUAUGAGAGGCUGUGGGGGAGUGACUUUGGGGUUCGGUAACAUACUGUAGGGCUGAGAGAGAGAGAGAGAGAUUGUAUGUGUAUUUCUAUUUUGUGUGGCUGUGGGGAAGUGACUGAUGGGUUUGUGAGGCUGUGGGGAAGUGACUGAGGGUUUGUCAACAUACUGUCUGGCUGAGAGAGAGAAUAUGAAUAUGCAAGUGUGUGUGUAUUAUUUUGUGAGAGACUGGGGUUCGUCAACAUAUUGUGGGGCUGAGAGAGAGAAGGAAUAUGUAAGAGUGUGUGUAUUUAUAUUUUGUGAGAGGCUGUGGGGUUCGUCAACAUACUGUGGGGCUGAGAGAGAGAAUUUUGUGUGCAGUUAAGUAAAUUAAAAAAUUAAAUCUGGGAAAAUGAAUGAAUACAAAAAUGAAAGAGGAAGAUACACAUACACAAAAAAACAUACAAAUACUUUAAGGCAUGAAAAACAGAUGAAAAGUGUGUGUGUAGUAAAUGUGUGUUAAUUAAUAACAGGAGAAAUAAUCAAUAACUAGUAAAGUUGUAUUGUUGAGUUGUUGUGGCUUCUCUCUCUUGGAUGGAGGAUUGAGACAUGCUGUGAAAGACUUGGCUGGCUGGCUGAAUGCCCUUUUGGUCUGAAACACUUCGAUGACAUUCUUGGUCUGAAACACUUUGCUGGUCAGUUUUCCCUCCCUUCCAUGGGUAUGACAAGGAGUUUCUGUGUGAGAGAGAGUGAGUGAGUUUGAGAAUGUUCUUUGUAAUGUACAGAUCAGAUGUCUUCCUGUGUGUGUGUGGUCAAAGUUUAUUGCUGUUAGCAAAUACAUAGAAUUCUAUCACUUCAGCAACAGU